CAGCGCGUGUCCCCUGUCAAGCCCCUUCCAAUCUCAAGCUUAUACGUCAUUUCCGUUAAAACGACAGAUUAUGUCUGCACGACCGGAAUUGGGGAACAAUAGCACAGUCUGGUUAAUCCUGAUUAAACUACAUAGGAACGUUCCGCUGGUAGGGGAUCGUCGGACACUUUUAAAAGUGACAUCCGGAAGCUGAUAUCUUAAAUUUGUAUUUUUUUGUAGUUUUGAAAGAUUUGUAAAUCCACUAAAGGAAGUGAAUACGGAGUAACAGAAUAGUGCGGACAGAUAAUCUUGUAAGUCUUAAAAACAAACUCUUUAAUGGUUUCUGGCUGGCGGGCAGAAAACGCAGUCCAUGGCCGCAUGCUUGUAGUUAUGGAACUGCGUUGUUGAGGUAUCAUAUAGACCAGGGAUUCUCAACCUUUUCAACCACAAGGACUUUUACAAGUAUCUGCAGCAAAGUAGGUAACCUCGGUAUUUUCCCCGACCAGGGCGAGAGCUCCCUUCGGUGAUAAGGUACAGUCAUCACUUGUUGUGAAACAGUUUCUUCCUUGUAAUGAGUCAAGCCCAGAACUGCAAGUUGAACUCCCUGAAAGUAGGUCUGUCAUGGUCGAAGGCCAAGAAGAAAGUACAGUCUAAGGGUACAGCAUCCCACAGUGUGUCAUCUGCCCCGCAAAGGAGUGCCAUCCCCACAUCUAACACAGAAAGAAUUUUCCAAGAUUUUUCAUUACCAAGGAGGCUGCCGUGUAAAGGUCAGGCACUAAUCCAGGAUCAUAAUACUGCAUGUAAUUUAGGACAUAAUGGAGAGACAGCCAAGCAAUGCAGCAACACUGCACAGUAUGACCUACUGCCCGAAGAGGAUACUGAGCAGGGUUUGGUCAUAACUUUGGAUGAUGAGCAACCUAAUGAGCAAAAAACACUCAGGAAGAAAAGUGGGGGGAGGAGGAGGAGGGAUGAGGAGGUCAGUGAAGCCCCUAGGCCUCGUCCAGAUCAGGCGCGCCCCAUGGAGGUGGAGAUCGACCAGCAGCUAGACUGGGAGCUAGAGAGCAAGUCCAGGCAGCACAACCUAACAACAGUCAAUGUGCGCAACAUCAUCCAUGAAGUCAUCACCAACGAGCAUGUUGUUGCCAUGAUGAAAGCUGCCAUCGCCGAGUCGGAGGCCAUGCCCAUUUUUGAGCCGAAGAUGACACGCUCCAAGCUGAAGGAAGUGGUGGAGAGAGGCGUGGUUAUUCCUACGUGGAACAUCUCCCCUAUAAAGAAGCCUGAGAGGGAUAAGCCUCCCCAGUUUGUAGACAUUCCUCUGGAGGAAGAGGAUUCUUCUGAUGAAGAAUAUUGCCCUGAUGAGGAAGAGGAAGAUGAGACUGCAGAAGAGACACUCCUGGAGAGUGACAUGGAGAGCACAGCCUCCUCUCCGCGGGGCAGCCGAGCAGGGCCAACCAGGGCUGUCAUCGAGUAUGAUGAGGAGUGCAGCAGCAGCCCAACACAGGGAGAACACCAGUCAAGGCACCUCCAGGUGGAGGUGGUUCCCAUGGGCCCCCCACCUCCCCCACAGCCGCUGAGAUCCCCAUCCCAUCCCAUGGCCUCAUCCGAAUGCAGCUUCAUGGAGAAGCUUCACGCAGUAGAACAGGAACUGGCCACUGGACCAGUGUCUAUGGAGCCCUUCCAGGCCCUGAAUAGCAACGGCGGUCAUGGGAACAGCCUAAUGGCCUUCCGCACACGCUCCAAGCGCCCCUUGCGGGAUGUCCCACUGGGUCAGCUGGAGGCAGAGCUGCGUGCCCCUGACAUCACCCCGGACAUGUAUGAGUGUGACUCUGGCCCUGAGGACAGGGAGUGGGCCCAGUGGCUGCAGGGUCUCAUGGCAUCAGAUGUGGAGAAUGAGGAAGAGGCCGAUGAUGACGAUGACCCAGAGUACAACUUUCUGGAGGACAUCGACGAACCGGACCUGGAGGACUACCGAAAUGACCGGGCAGUCCGCAUCACCAAAAAGGAGGUGAAUGAGCUGAUGGAGGAGCUGUUUGAAACGUUCCAUGAUGAUCUUGGGGUCCAGGAUGUUGAUGAAGAACUGCAUGAAGAAGAACAAGAAAAGGACGAAGCAGUACCAGCAGCAGGGUCUCCAAAAUUCAACAUCCCACAAGCCAUCAGAUUCGAGGAGCCGCUGGUCCACCUGCUCAAGGAGCAGCACCGCACAGUGAAGGAGCAGCUAGAGGCCCUGCGGAGGCGUCGGGCUCUGCUGGGGAGUUUGGCUCCGCCCCUUCCAGUUGUGGCCCCAGCCCCAUCCCGCCCCCUCACACUAAGCCACAUUCAGAAACAGCAGCUUCAGCAGCAGGUGCAGCAGCACACACAGCUGCUGCUUCAGGUGCACAUGCUGAGCCGGCAAGUGGUGGCCCUACAGAGUGAGGCAGACACCACGCGCGUCUUCCUGUCAGAGCUCCAGAUGUUUGCGCAGCGCAGUGAGCAGGCUCAGGGUACGAUGAAGAUUGGCUUUGUUAGUGCCUUCAGAGCCUGCAACCUGCAGGGGGCAUUAUCCCUGCUGGAGGAGCUGACCGACCUUGCUCCCCUCGACACGGCCUUGUCCCAGCUACGGCACGCCACCUCUGCUUGCUCAUACCCUGUGUUGCCUGCACAGCUAGCCUGGCUGCUGGCCACCCGGCCAGUCUUCCUCUACCCUGAACUCCUUCCACACCGCAGUGUGGACCCCAGCCAGCACCCGCCUCGCUUAAACACCAUCUACACCCGGGGCGAGGAGAGCCUCUUGGUGCAAAGUCUGAGAAACUUCAGUGAGACAGUGAACCCCUACCAGCUCAUGUGCCAGUACCUUCUCAUCACCAAAUCUCCCAGACAAAUCCGCAGGCGCAUCCACGAUAUGUGCCAGCCUACUUCCCCUGCCAACAUUGUGAAGUUCUUUUAUCAGCACAAGAAGGUUCCACGUAUGUUGCUGCCCUGUAGCAGAGUGACACCGGAAGAACAGUGCCCCCCAGUGGAGAGAGAGGAGAUGGUGCUUCCCAUGUGGCUGAGGAAGAGCUUGCCUCACAUCUUUAAAGUGGUAGAAGAGUAUAACCACCAGUCAGCUGGGGACAUAACUGUGGAAAGUCAAAGAAAGGGCUCUUAUACUUUCCCUAGUGGUACUCACUAUCCACCUUCCCUCCCAGAGACCCUGACCCUACGUCCUGCUGGCUUCAGAUGCCUGCGACAAUCGGCCCACAUUCCUAAAGCUAGUGUCUGCCAAAUUUCAGCCCCUGCUUCUGUGAACAGUGCCACCUUGAGCUCAGAAAGACAAGUGGUGCCACCUUGUGCAGAGGAUCGUGUCCAGCAAAUGCCCCAACGUAAAUUGUGUCCCAUCCAGCCUGCCCCGCCCAAACCUCAGCAUCAGCUCCUCACUAUGGCUGUGAGUGGAGCACUGAAUGUGCUUGAUCUGACAGGGAAAGCCACUGUGGGAAAUGUCUGUGCAUCCAGUGGAAGUGAAAUGCUGAGUUUGGCACCUGGCCAGGGCUGUGCCAGUGGUUCUCCUGCUGUUGUCAUCAGUCUGGUCACACCUGUAAGUGCCCCCAUCAUUAGUCCUGCUCCCGCACACAGCAAAUUGACAGGGACUGAGUCUGCUUUGCUUAUCCAGGAACCAGUAUCUUGCUUUGCAAGUUCCCUGGACCAGUCCUAUAAGCUUCCCCAAAAAACCCCUCCCUCAAACCUAGGACUUCCUACUCAAACGCUGUUCUUCUCUCCCUUGCCACUUGUUCCUCCUGCUACUACCCUACAGCCAAACCCAAACCUAAUCCCAUCCACAGUCCCCAUGUGCAACAGGACUGAACUCCCAGUGACUCCCAGUUUUCAUUCGGUCCAUGCCAUUUCUACUCCUGCACAGAGGUGCAGCAAAAACAGCCCCAGCCAUUCCAUCAUCGAUGAGGUUGUGGCUUCUCCUGGCAGAAUUUGGCCUAGUUGCCCAGCCUUUUUGGGUCAAACUGAAGUACUGGAUGUUCCUGAUGCCAGAGUGGAUUUCACAGAAGUUCCAUGUACACCAGGGUCUCCAUCCCAGGACUGUUACAUUCUAUCUGGGCCCCAAUCUAGCAUGGCAUCAGAAGCCAUAGGCCUGAAGCAGGCUGUGAAUCAGGCAAAGGUCCAGCACAUUUCAGCAUUGCAGGGUACUAGGGAACACUGGAUCUCGGCUGCAACAGCCAGUCCAAGAAACCAUGGGAUCUCACCUACCCCUGAUACGCUGGGCUACAGGAAACUGACUGCGGGGUCUCCAUCCAAAGACUGCCCUUCUCAUUGGGAAGACAAGAGAUGGGAUGAAGAGGAAGUAAGAGAGGAGGAGGAGGGACAUGAUUAUGGAGGUCUGCUGCUGGCUUUAUCAGAAUCAUCCAUGAGCCCACACUCCAGUCUGGACAGCCAUAGUGACACCUUGCAGAGGACAAGUGAUGCAAAAUGGCUAGAAAAUGGAAGACUGGGGGACGGUGACAGAAACAGAAAAGCAGUCAGGGAGCGGGAGGGAAUGCAGUGGAAGGAGAACAUUGCACGGGGCGCGAUAGCGGAGGAUGGGCAGAGUGGGAGGGGCGGUCAUAACCAUGGUCAAGUAGAGGACUGUGAAGAUCGGCCAGAAGAUGACGAUGAGGAGGCAAUGUCUUCAGCCUCAGAAAAGUCUGUGCUCUCUGUGCCUGAGUUGCAGGAGACCAUGGACAAACUGAGCUGGCUGGCUUCAGAGAGCAGGUUACACGAGGACAGUGAUUCACAGGAGGACAAGUACCUGCAAUCCUCCAGUCACCUCAGCACUUCCUGCGCAAUCACUACUUCUAUUUACCAGAACUUCCAGCUGGAGGAAGAGGUGGAGCUUAACAAAGGAGGGCCUGUACUCUUGCCAGUUAGGGAGGCUUCCCUGGUAGCAGGCCUGACCCACACCUUUGACAGGGAAAAAGAUCAUGUGGACAACUACCCCCUGAUGGAGAGGAAACAUGUGGCCUUAGCUCAGCUGAGCCUUAACCAGUUUGAGCAACAGCUGGAGAGCAGCAUUGGAGAUGCACCUUCUUGCUACCAGGAGGUGCUGGCUGUCCUUCAGGGGAGCCACAAGCUUAGCAGCACAGGCCGAAAGGAGAUGAAGGCGCACAUCUCCAAGCAUUUAAAAGGCCGCCCUUGCCUGCAGAAAGAAUUCUGGACGCUUUUUAAUAAGCACCAUCCAAGCCCCUUACACCACAGCCAGCCUGAGGAGGCCACUGAACGGUUGAGCCUGGAGGGAGCAAAGGGAUUUUUCAAGCUUUCACCUGUAAAAUCAAGGAGUAACAUAGAGAAACUCAGCAUCCACAGAAAUAAGAAGUCUUCCAGGGUGGUGAAGAGUCAUUAUAUCACAUCCAUCCCAACAAAGGCCCCUCUAGCCCAGACUCACCCAGGAGAAGGAAAGUGGGGUACAGAGCUCAAGGGUGCGAGAGACAGAGUCCUUCCACACACAGAGGAAAACAAGGAGGAGCGAAUGGAGCAAGUGGAUGGAAAAGUCAGCGAGGGCAGGGGAGAGAGUGAGAACCCCCCAGGUCCCAAGCGGGCCCAUCGCAGCCCACUCGCAGAUCCUGUACUUCCUGCUAAAAACAUUUCCCUCACACCAAGUGGUGAGAAAGUCAUUGUGUGGACAAGGGAAACCGACCGUUUGAUAUUACUCACUUGUCAAAAGCAAGGAGCCAACUGGAACACUUUUCAAGCACUCUCAGCUCAGCUAGGCAACAAAUCAGCCAGUGAGGUUGCUAAGCGUUUCCGCAAUCUCCUGCACCUUUUCCAUGCCAUAUCCAAACUGGCUUGCUCAGAGAACCAACCUAGUACUGAAGAAAGGCCACAGAAGGAGCCUGACUGAGCAAAGGUGAACACAAGCCCACAGAGGACUCUUAAGGCUCUUAAGAGACUCAGGGAGGACGUUGCUCUGUGCAUUUGGCCUGACUACCCAGUUCUGAAAUCCAGACAUCAGAGGUGUGGCUGGACUUUACCGCUACAGAACAUCUGAACACUCAGUUCUAAACGGCUAUGAACAAAAGAAGCCUUCCUGUUGUUCAUUUGAUUUCAUUAUCAGUAUUAAAAAGAAUUUGGGGUGUACAUGAAAGUAACUAAACAAUGGUUUUAACAGUGGAAAUGGUACUCAGUCAUAAACCUUUUUUUCAUUGUACCUGGUUCUCCAUAAUUGCUGGUCAAGUGAACCAAUGAAGGUGAAAAAUUCGAGUUUGAAUUUACUUUCGACCAAAAAAAAAAAAAAAAACCCAAGUGAGUAACCCAAGUGAAGAAGAUUAACAAUGAAUUGUGCAGCUGUACGUUAUCUGUUAUCAAGAGAACAUUGUAUAUAUUAUACAAUGUAAAUGACUAGGUAGACGCUGAAUAUAGUUUGUUUUUGUAUAUAUGUAUGUAAUUGUAUAAAAUGUAUUACUAUAAAUGGAAGACUGCUAAUAUAAAACCUGCAUUAAAAAUA